AGGAGUUAUGGGAAGAUUGAAUUUACAAAAGUCAAAGACUCAAAGUGUUGGACAGUAUUCCAUGUGAUAUUUAUUAUAUUUUCUUAUUUUGAGAAAUAUUGUGUGAGGUUUUAAAAAUCAUAACGUGAAAUAUAUAUCAGUGAGCAUAUGAAAAUAUGACAACUGCUGCCAGACCGACAUUUGAGCCAGCCAGAGGAGGCAGAGGAAAGGGGGAAGGCGAUUUAUCAGCUUUGUCAAAACAGUAUUCUAGUAGAGAUUUACCUUCGCAUAAUAAACUUAAACGCAGGUUUGUAGCCAUUAAAGUAACAUAUUUUCUUUGAGAACGUCAUGUACAUUAGUUUGUGCCUUACCCAGGGUUAUAACUUGUAAGAGACAGUGUAUAUAGAACUGAAUGUAGAAUUAUAAAUAGAUGGGAUUUUUGUAGAUGGAAUUUUCGAACAAAAAUUCAUAAACAAUUUUGGACCUAUUAACCUGGAGCAGCCGCAAAAAAUGCAACGUUAAGGUCUCAUUCCAUGAGAAUAAAGAAAUGCGAAAUAUUUCGCAUGAAAUAAAAUUGUGCAUGUGCAGUGCAGUUAAAUUUGGCUUUGCGAGAAAAAAUGUCACUAGUUUUAGUCAAUGCGAUAGCAAAUAAAGUGGCCAAAUUCAAUAUAAUCGCUCAUGUGCAGCCAUCAUCUCAGUGAUUGUGCUCCAUAGCUCAGUGGUCAGUGCUGCACCAGAAUCGCAGGGCUGCAGGUUAGAUUCCUGUCGGCAGGCCUAAAGUUGUAUUUUUCACAGAUGGUCACAGGGAUGUCGCACGUACCAGCCCUUCAGGUAUCUGUUUGAAGUCCUGGCUAAUAAUAAUUUGGGUAUGGCCAAUAAUAAUUUGGGUAUGGCCAAUACUGGUUUGCUCUACUGAGGCUCCGGCUAUUAAUUCAUGAGUGAAGUGAGUUAAUGCAAAGAAUGGAAGGUCGAAGCUUCAAGGGCGCUGUAAGUUAAGUGGUGGGCAAAGGGUUGUAAGCUUUUAUUUGUUUAUUUGGUAUAUUGUCCGAGUGCAAGACAGGGCUAAAAAUUUGCAGCUUGUCAUGACUGCAAGUACCGGCGAAUUACACACAGCCUCUGGCGAAUGGCUGGCGAAAUUCGCUGUUCGCCGGCCUAAAACAAGAUGGGUGACAUACUUAUAAAGGCAUCCUGGCUCAAGGCCGGAUUUUGGUGGAAAUAGUGGGGGAGGUGGACAAAUAUUUAGGGGAGGGUGCAACGGUCUAGCUCAUGACCGCCAUGGAAAGCUAUGGCUUAGAAUGGACCAAAGUCGACGAUGUGACAUAUGCAUGUAGUGUAUAUAUGUAUCAGUGUAUUAAUAUAUUAUGACUGUACAACCAUUGAACUAUAAGUAAACUGGAACGAUAACUCCUAUGAUGAAGACCUAUGUUUGGGUGAAGCUAAAUUUUGGGCACUCAAGUAUAGCCUGUUCGCAGGUAUGUAUACUAUAAUAAAUACACAAAAUUUUUCACGAAAUAUUUUACUAAAUAUUUAAUCCUUAAUUUUAACUUAUUAAAUUAUGCUUCUGGAUGUUUGGACUCCAUUAUCAACCAUAUCUAAGAUUUUUCUACGUAAAUUGUAUAAAAUUGUCUCAGAACUCUUUGUCGGAAGUCUAAAGAAGUCUUUCUGGAAAGUUUUGUUCGUGUCAUAUUUCGGCAGCUAAACAAUAUUUACUUAUUUUAUGUGCCUUGGAUAAAAGUUGUGUUGUCUAAGUGUGCUCUGAGGUAAAUAUAAAUGCCCUGAAAGAAGUAAAAGUGAGAAAAUAUUAACGAUUUUUAAGCUGUAGUUUUUGCAUCCAUUUUGUAAAAAAGGACCAGGGCUACCUGCAGAAAACACUCAUAACCAGCUUCAAAGAUGGCGGCCAACUUAUCGUUCCAGUUUAUUUAUAUAGUUCAAUGUGUUCAACUCAUCCAAUUUUGCCCUCAUUACAAUUACUACAAAGUUUCUUUCAAAACAUGGCAUUAAAAGGGUACUUGACACUGAGAUGAAUCAUGAAUGGCUAUCACUGUUUCAAUUUUACAGAAAAACGUUCUUAUGAAGUGUAGACCCUAAGCAAUCAAAAAAUGUCAAAUUUUCACUUUGAUCUAUCAUUAAAACUUUCCCAAGGGGAGGUGCAUGACUUUUCAGGGGAGGUACAAAAAUUAUCAGGGGAGGUACAAAGCGAUCUCAGGGGUGGUACACACCUCCCCUCAAAAUUUGGCCAUGUCCUGGCUCCUUAUAAACAGCCCUUAAAUUUGUCUGCUUGAAAUAUUUUCUUGGUUUAAUGCCGGGAAAUUUUACCAGUCAAGGGAUAGUAUUUAGUAUUAUUUGAUUGAACUGGCCAAAUCCAUGUACUUAGAGAUAGAUAUCAAAAGUAAUCGAAGGUAGGGGUGAACCAGAACCAAUAUUUUAAGUUCCAGUCGAAUCGGAUGUGAAAAAGUCCAGCCGGAACCAGAAAUGACUUUAUUUAACCGGUUAUGAUUUUAAGUCGGGUCUUAUGAUUUAAAAAAAAAUAUGAUUGUAUACAGUAGUAUCAUGUCUAAUAGAUGUAAUUAAAAUGAUGUCAGUAAUAUUAUCUGUUCAAAUAUUUGGUUGAUGUUCAUUAGUAAGUGAACUUUAUAUUCUUUUUCCAAUUUUCCUAACAAAGCCGGGAUUCUGCAUGGUUCAGGUGUGACGCGAAAUUUCUGACUUGCAAAAUAUCUGACUAUUGUAGAACUACCAAUGCGCAGACAGCACGUGUAUUUAUCAUAGAUAUCUUAUAAGAAAGUCAUUUUGUUGGAUAAUAUUUAUAUAUUUAUACUUAAAUUUUCAAAUUCUACAAUUGACCAACUGAAUUGACACUAUACCACUGGUUGUGAACGUUAGCGUUCAGCAAUAAUAAAGCUUGAAUCUAAAAUCUGCGAAUGGAAAAAGUCAGCGCCCAAGGUGCGAGCACCCUAGGGGGUUGAAGGGUAUCCCCACCAGAAAAUUUUGAAAAUUAGAACCCUAGAAAUGCCAUUUCCUGCGAUAUGGGCAUUGAAUUAUGAGCUUCAGUUUGACUUCAAAAAAGGAAAAUCCUUCUGAAUUUGAUUUUUGUGUACCCCCUUGCACCCCUGUUGACCAAGGCCAACACUUCAACGUUUUGAAUGAAAGCUCUAUGUCAGGAAGUUAGUAGCGUGGAUUGGGGAAAAAAUUAAUUUUUCCCUAUCUGUGUUACUAACUUCCCGACAAAGGGCCUUUGCUAUUGUAAAUUGUAUUUCCAAUGAAAUUUGCUGUUUAAAAUUUGUAUUAUAUCAUUUUUGUUGAUGGCAAUUAAUAUAAUUAAGUAAAAUAUUAUAUUAAAAUUUCCAGGCAAACUGGGCAAGACAGUGUUGGUGAAUUACGAGAGAAAGAUUUCAAACGUGAUUUAGAAGAGCGAGAACGUCAAGCAGCAAGAGAAAGAACGAGAGACAGAGGAAGUCGGACAGAAUCAAAAAGAUCUCGACUAGAUCAAGUGCCAGCUACUAAUUUAGAUGCAGAUGAUCCUGUUGAUGAUGACGACUCAGAUGACUCAGAUGAAAGGUUUGAAUUUAACACAUUUUAA